AUGUGGAGUGUUUUCAAUCCAACUAAGGUUUCAGGAACUGCUUUACCCUUUAGGAAAUGGUUUUUCAACAAUAAUCAGCAAGAAUUUACAUCCGCAGACGAUCUUCACAAUUCUAAAUCCAGUCCAAACUCAGAUGAUCCAUCUUGUCAAUGGUGUGGCCAAGUUAAAUCUAAAGCACAAACAGGAUAUAAGGAAAGUGUGGAAAAUGUUGAUCUACCAGAAGAGUGCAAGAAAGAUCCUUCUAAAUGCAAUAUUACUCACUAUUUAUACGAAACGCAUUUUGGACAAAGUGUCACUUUAAAAGCGCCUCGCCAUGUCAAAAAUGAUUUGUGGGGAGUCUUUAGUCAAAUUCCUACUUCUGCAGAUGGUUUUCCUAGUUCAAAAUAUGCUAUUGAUGUUAAUAGUCAAAAAGAAUUACCAUCGGCAGAAAAAAGAUUGAAACCUCUUAAGCUUGCAGAUACAGGUGUUCAAUUACAUGAAGAAUACACUGAUAAUAUCAAGAAUUCGAGACCUGUUAUUCCAAAGAUACCUCGUGUUUUCCCAAGAGCUUUACCAAAUGAAAAACAUCAGUAUCAGGUUAAAAAUAAAAUGUCUAGAUAUUGCAUUGGUUGUGCCCAGUUUAAGCAAGACCAAGAUAUACAAUUAAUGAACAAACUCGGCGAACCAGUCCAAUAUAAACAAGACAAAGAUAAACAUGUUAUAGAUUCUGAUGCAGAAGAAAACUUUUGGUGGCUAUUUAACCCACCUAAAGCACACGCAGACGAACUUCACAAUUCUAAAUCUACUCCAAACUCAGGAGAAAUCUUUUGUCCGUGGUGUCCCAUGGUCACAUCAAAAGAACAAGCUAAUUCCUUAGACUCUGAAUCUCAAGAACAAACAGAAAGCAACCAAGAAAUGCAGAACUUCGGUGAAGAUAUAACAAUGUGCCUAGGUCUUCCUUAUCCUGAAAAUUUAGAGUGUUUACAAAUAUUAGGACAAGGUCCCGUCAGCCCACGCUCCUUUGAAAUUGAUCAAGCAGCAUAUUCAUCGAACGAAAACCUAAAGAAACCUGUUAAAGAUUCUGAUGCAGAAGAAAACUUUUGGUGGCUAUUUAACCCACCUAAAGCACAUGCAGACGAAACUUCACAAUUCUAA